AUGGAUGACAUCGCCUUUCUCGCUCAACACCUCAACCUCGAAAACUACGAGGUUGCGGCUUUCAUCAUUAGAUGCUUUAAUGAAUACUCCUCCGACUUCCUUGUCCACAAUACCGACGUCCUGGACCCCGACUUUGCCCAGAUCAGGCUUCGUGUCCGCGUCACCAUGAAGAACCGACAAGAUGAACACGCCGCUUCGUUUGUCUUGGAUGUCCUGGGUUACCUUCACGACAGGGGCUACAUUCCUGAGGGCUGCACCAUUGAGGAGGCCGUCAGCCAGAUUCAUCAGCGACUUUGCAUGCUGCAAUCCUUGCGUCUGGGGAAUGCAGUCUGGAUCGAGGACAGAAGACUCGAAGACGACCUCCAUAGCGCACUGCUGAGGGAAAUGGAAAAAGCCAAGUCUGCAUCAAGGUUCCUGGUCUACUGA